UGAGGGCGCCGCUACGAGUGUUACCGUCACUGGCGUCCGGGUUGCGGACCGUCUCCCGGAGGACUCGGGCCAGUAGCGUGGUCUGUGAAAGACUGGAUUACGAAGCAAGUUGACACCAAUUCGUCUUGGAAAGGAGACUGCGAGCCGUUGGGCAACAUUCUAAAAGUUACUCAGCCCAGCUCCUUGAAGCCAUUAGUCCACAAGACAACCUCAGGUUUACAGCGAAAUUGUUAAACAGAGUUACAAUUUGGUUGUGAAAUCGCAGUUCUAAGUCCAACAAAGAAGAGAAGUUGACACACAAGUUGGAAUGGUUCCAAUGGCCUACUGUGCAAAACUAUUCAGAUUCAUAGAAUUUCCUUUGUAAAAACACUAAAAGAGGGGUCGGAGGUUUCCGUUUAGAUCAGCAACUUCAAAUUCUCAGCAUGGAAAACUCAGAGAGGACGGAAGUGGUUCUCCUUGCUUGUGGCUCCUUUAAUCCUAUCACUAAUAUGCACCUCCGGCUGUUUGAGCUGGCCAAGGACUACCUGAAUGGAACAGGAAAAUAUAAAGUUAUCAGAGGCAUAAUUUCUCCCGUCGGGGAUGCAUAUAAGAAGAAAGGACUCGUCUCUGCCCAUCACCGAGUUAUCAUGGCCAAACUCGCCACCAAGAACUCAAAAUGGGUGGAAGUUGAUACAUGGGAAAGUCUUCAGGAGGAGUGGGUGGAGACUGCCAAGGUGCUGAGGCACCAUCAAGAGAAGCUAGAGGCCAGUAGCUGUGAUCACCAGCAGGAUUCACCUGUACUGAACAGGCCAGGACGGAAGAGGAAGUGGACUGAACAAAGACAAGAUUUUAGUCAGAAGAAAUCCGCAGAGCAAACAAAAACAAAAGGUGUGCCAAAGGUGAAGUUGCUGUGUGGAGCAGAUCUGUUGGAGUCCUUCGGGGUCCCCAAUCUGUGGAAGAGCGAGGACAUCACCAAAAUCGUGGGAGACUAUGGGCUCAUAUGUAUCACCCGGGCUGGAAAUGACACUCAGAAGUUUAUCUAUGAAUCCGACGUGCUGUGGCAACACCAGAACAACAUCCACCUGGUGAACGAAUGGAUCACCAACGACAUCUCAUCCACGAAGAUCCGGCGAGCCCUCCGCAGGGGCCAGAGCAUCCGCUACUUGGUCCCGGAUCUUGUCCAGGAGUACAUUGAAGAGCACGGUCUCUACAGCUCCGAGAGCGAAGAGAGGAAUGUUGGCAUCAUCCUGGCUCCUUUACAGAGGAACACCGUGGGCACUGACGCAUGAGCAGGUCUCCAGCAGGCCACACCGGUAUGGACGUUCCUAGGACAGGGAUUGAAUCCAAGCUGAAGCUUCGGGAACUCCCAGAUGCCUUCGUCUUUAAAACAAGAGAUUGGCAGCACUAAAAUCCGAAGAGAAUCAAACUAACUGCAAAAAGAAUUCAAAAAGGACAUUCUAGGAGUUCCCUUGUGGCACAGUGGGUUAAAAAUCUGGCAUUGUCCCUUCCUUGGCUCAGGUAGCGUCUGCAGUAUGGGCCAUCCCUGGCCCCAGGAACUUCUAUUUGCUGUGGGCGUAGCCAGAAAGAAACAAACCAAAAAGGACCUCCUGGCUUGACCACAUAGCGAAGUCAAGUGCGAAAAGCGUCCAUUUAAGAUCCGACCUUUAGUUAUGAAAGGAACGAGCAUUUUAUGCAUACCUAUUGCCAGGCCAAAGAGUUCUUAAAAUAGCUUGUAAAAUGCCUAACCGACCCAUCGUCUCCAGCCGUGUGCAGUGCAGGCUGCGAAUGGCCUGGCAGAAACUUUACACCAACGGUUCCUGGUGUCUGGCACACCUCAGAAGGUCAGCGAAGCUUGGCUGAGGCACACUGGCCUGCAGCCCCAGCUUUGGAGGGAGGGGAGGGUCCAGGCCCCGGAAUGUUUAGAAAGGUGCCCAGGUGUUUCGGAGCCCAUGAGAGGUAGAGGGCCUUCUGCGUGUUGUGCACAUUCUCUUAGCACAGCCCUGACGUGGCUCACAUGCCAGCCCUGCUCUCCACCAUCUUCCUGUAUCUUCAGGAACAGCUUCAGAGGGGACCUUGUGCUCCCCGAAACAGGCGGCAGAGAAUGAGACCUCAUUCAGGGCUUGUAUGAAAUGUGAAUGCUUUUAGCCUUUCCUGAGAACUUGAAUUGAAAGCUGAAUGGACUUGAGCAAUGCCACCCUGGGUCAGCCCGGGAGCUCCUUUAGCCCAAGAUUUGGGGCCCUGAUGAGUGGCUUGUGGUCGAGAAAGCUCCAUGAUGUCAAUCCAAACUCUCAAGCUUCUGAAGAGUCCUGCUGUUUCUCUUCCAGCUGCUGUGAAUUUCAGCAGAACUGUUUGCUUUUUCUCUUCUUGUCCUUUUGCAUGAACUUUAACCAAAGUAGACCACUCAGAUAAUAAUCCAAAGCAUCGCUUUAUGUGAAAAGCACAAACUUAUUCUAUGGUUUGCUACUGAUUAAAACGUUGUGGAAGUUUUACCAAUUAGUAAAGCAAGAUGACCAAAAGGAGCUUUUUCUAGAAUAGUUUUAUGGUUCCCAAGCAUUAUUUUGAGAUUGAAACAGGGCUAAAGUUACAUUUCUUUUUCUUUUUUUUUUUCUUGUGGCAUAUGGACGUUCCCAGGCUAGGGGUCAAAUCAGAGCUACAGCUGCUGGCCUACACCACAACUCACGGCAAUGCCAGAUCCUUAACCCACUGAGCGAGGCCAGGGAUCGAACCCAUAUUCUCAUGGACACUAGUCAGGCUCAUUACCGCUGAGCCACAAUGGGAACUUCCUAAAGUUUAAUUUCUAAAGAAAAUUAAAUAAUUACCUUUACAUACCUACACCUAAUACUUCACAUUUCUAACUAUACCCUUCUAGAUGAAGGAUUUCUACCUCUGCAGAAGGGAAAAAAAAAACACACCAGUGCAAUCGGAUAGUUAGAUCUGAAACCACAGUUUUAAAAAGUGUUAAAUAAAGUUGACAAAUGUAAA